CAAAAUAAACCUCUUUUUAUUUCCCACCUUAAAAAACCCAACAGCUCCCAACUAAACGAAACGAAACUUAAACUAAAAGGGAGCUCAAAAACCCUUCUGCUUAUAUAUAGUUCUUCAACUUUUACUCACACCUCAAAAGGAGCUCCCUUUUCUCUCUCUCUCUCUCUCUCUCUCUCUCUCUCUCCAAAUUUUUUAUUUAUUUUUUGGUUAUUUCUUUUGGGUUGGUUCAGAUAUCCCUUUUUCUUGCUUUCUUUGAGAUUGGUCUAAGUGGGUUUGUGUUGUUGUUUUGGAAGAUUAAGGAUUUCAUACUGGGAUUCAAUGGCUAUGCUGUUGCUUUUCUUCCUACUAGCAGUCUCUGUGGUUUCUGCCGAUGAAGGAAGGAACAAGCUGUGAAUGACCUUGAAGUCUGUCAUGAAUGAAUGCCAGGUGUUAAGGUGAUGCCUUCAUUGGAGUAAAUCUUGGUACAGACCUCUCUAACAUGCCAAGCCCAACUCAGGUAGUGGCCCUUCUUAAAGCGCAGAAUAUUCGACAUGUCAGGCUCUAUGAUGCUGACCAAGCCAUGCUCCUUGCCCUUGCCAACACAGGCAUCCAGGUGACUGUUGCUGUUCCCAAUGACCAGCUCCUUGGGAUUGGUCAGUCCAAUGCCACUGCAGCCAACUGGGUUACUCGUAAUGUUCUAGCUCAUGUCCCUGCUACCAACAUUACAGCAAUAGCUGUUGGAUCUGAAGUCCUAACGACCCUCCCAAAUGCUGCUCCAGUCCUAGUCUCAGCGUUAAAGUUCAUCCACUCUGCCCUUGUUGCCUCUAAUCUAGAUCGCCAAAUCAAAGUCUCCACUCCGCACUCUUCUUCCGUUAUCCUUGACUCGUUCCCACCUUCCCAAGCCUUCUUUAACCGCUCAUGGGAUCCAGUCAUGGUUCCCUUGCUCAAAUUUUUGCAAUCUACAGGAUCAUACCUUAUGAUUAAUGUGUACCCAUAUUAUGAUUACAUGCAAUCCAAUGGAGUGAUCCCAUUGGACUAUGCAUUGUUCCGCCCCCUUCCUCCGAACAAGGAAGCUGUGGAUGCUAACACGCUCCUUCAUUACACUAAUGUCUUUGACGCUCUUGUUGAUGCAACUUAUUUUGCAAUGUCCUAUCUAAAUUUCACCAAUGUCCCCAUAGUAGUUACUGAGUCAGGUUGGCCAUCCAAGGGUGGCUCAGCUGAGCCAGAUGCAACCGUUGAAAAUGCCAACACUUACAACAGUAACUUGAUCAGGCAUGUGCUUAACAACACAGGGACUCCUAAGCAUCCUGGGAUUGCAGUUAGUACUUAUAUCUAUGAGCUUUACAAUGAGGAUUUGAGACCUGGUUCAGUCUCUGAAAAGAACUGGGGGCUUUUCAAUGCUAAUGGUAUGCCAGUUUAUAUCUUACAUUUGACUGGUGCGGGGACUGUUUUGGCCAAUGACACCACAAACCAAACCUUCUGUGUUGCAAAGGAUGGCGCUGAUCCAAAAAUGCUACAGGCAGCACUGGAUUGGGCUUGUGGGCCAGGGAAGGUGGAUUGCUCACCAUUGUUGCAGGGGCAACCAUGUUAUGAACCUAAUAAUGUUGUGACACAUGCAACAUAUGCAUUCAAUGCAUAUUUUCAGCAGAUGGCUAAAUCUUCUGGGACCUGUGAUUUUAAGGGGGUGGCGACCAUCACUACAACAGAUCCAAGUCAUGGUACUUGUAUAGUUCCCGGAAGUGUUGGAAAAAAUGGCACGAUCGUAAAUGGCACAUCACUGGCCCCAUCUUCCAAUUCUACCACUUCUGGCUGCCUAUCACAAUAUUUCCAUGGUGAUGGUUCUUUCACGAGCUCUGUGAUUGUAGGCAUUUUAGUUUUGAGUGCAGUUUUAUUGUGAAAACUUCAUGCAUUUGUUUGCAACUCUUUCGACAAAUGUUGGAAUUGUUCAAAGAUAUAUGCGAUUCUGCAUCUGUUGAAAAAACUUGCAGCAUACCCAGUUUUGUUCCUCUGGAAGAGGAUUUGAAGGGUCAUAUAUAUAUCCGGCAAGUAGUUAGUUGAUAGUGAUUUAUCUAUUGGAUUCUGUACAAACAAACCGGAAGGGGAUUUCGUGUAACUAAUCUUGUUGAGGCAAAAAUUUGGUUUCCACUAACGUAUUCUUUGAAGGGUGAUCUUGGGGGCCUGACCCUUCUUAAAUUGUGGUUCACGAUGAUCUUCAUUUGGUCCCCCAAUAUGUUGGGAAGUUGUUCGCUUCUCAACAAUGUUGCUGUAACUUACAUUUCGAUUCUGUGGUGCCUUUCAAUGCAAAAGAUUCUGGAUGGGCCCUAUGGACCCAAAUUCCAAUCAUGGGUUGCCUAAUUUGUAAACACCCGGCUGUCCCUAGUUAGCAUAAUAAUAAAGAGUGCGUUCAUCUGAA